GCCCUCUUACCCAGAACAAAGAGGAAGAAGUUGUGUUCUGUGGUAUAUUGUCUGCGGAAGUCUAUAGGCAGGAUUACUACAAAACCAUUAAUGUUAGAGGUAGGGACGAUUCAAAUAUAAAACACAAGUUUGUUAUUUUUUGUAGCUCUGAAAGUAGUUGCUCACUUACACAUUUUGUCUGUAUUUUUUGUGACACUGUUCUCCUACACUGUUUUUUUCGAAGAGGACCGUGUUCUUUAUUCUUAAGGUGAAUCACAGUGUAUAUUCACAGCAGCUCACAGAGACGAUCACAAGCAAAACAACGUACAAGGAAGAGGAGCUCAGAGAACAGCGUAGUGAGGGACUGAGCAUGUUACACUUGACAUCCUGGCGUGCAAAGUGAGGAAUCAUGGCCUUGUGUGUUAAAAAUGAAUCUGAUCUGGGCUGCACCCAUACAGGGGAUAUUGCUGCUAUGCAGAAUCCCGGCACUGAGAAGAUGGGAUUGGGAGUUUGCCUGGAGUAUCAUCAAACAGAGAAAGGGACUGGUCCAGAUUCUGUUUGUCCAUCACAGUACAAUGACUCUCAGUGCACUAAUGGGGUUGAAAUUACAGUCGACCAAAUAAAAUCUGAAUCAAGUGGAGAUAUAGUAGUUUCCAGUGGAUUUAUAGAGGAGAAAUCAGAGGCACGACUAGAAUUGGAUUGUAAAGAGAGAUCAAAAGGAGCUCAUCAAGAGGAGCAGCCCAUUCCUUCAUCUCAGAGGAAAGACAUUCAUACUGAUUGGUUAGGUUCUUUGCAGUUUGUAACAAAUUCCACUAAUGCAUUUGAUAAGAAACAGCACCAGCAACUUUACUUGAAUGGAAUUGAUUUGAGCAAUGGAAGACUUUGCACUACAAAGAGAGACAGGAACCCUUAUUCAGGUGAAAAAGCACACAGCUGCAAUGAAUGUGGAAAGGUAUUUACGAAUAUAGCUGCUUUAACAAGACACACGAAAACACAUUCAACUGAAAAAAAAUACAUUUGUGGACAGUGUGGAAAAGGUUUCACCCAUCCAGCUUACUUGAAGAAACACCAGAGAGUCCACACAGGUGAAAAGCCCCAUGUCUGUUCGGAAUGCGGACAGCGGUUUACUGCAACAGAUUCUUUAAAAGUGCACAUGAGAUUUCAUUCUGGGGAAAAACCAUAUCAGUGCACCGAAUGUGGAAUGAGGUUUUUUACCAGAGCUACCUACAAGAACCACAUUUUAAACCAUUCUGGAGAAAGACCAAAUGUCUGUGGUCAGUGUGGAAAAAGUUUUAAGGAUGCAGCCUCUUUACGAAGACAUUGUGAAAUUCAUUUAGCUGAAAAACCAUACAGUUGCACUGAAUGUGGAAAGGGUUUUACUCGUUUAUUUCGCUUAACUACACAUAAGAGAGUUCACUCUGAUGAAAAACCGUACGGCUGUUCUGAAUGUGGAAAGAGUUUUACUCAGGCAGCAAACUUAAAGAUACAUAUGAGAAUUCAUUCUGGUGAGAAGCCAUACAGCUGUACCUUAUGUGAGAAAAGCUUUACACAGUCGAGUGGAUUAACAGGGCACAUGAAAAGUCAUGCAGAAAAAAAACCAAGCAUCUGUAAUCGUUGUGGGAAAUGCUUUAAGCGUUCAUCAUAUUUAGAAAGGCACCUUAAAGUUCAUUCUGGAGAAAAAUAUGUAAAUAGUGUUAUGGGUGUAACGGUUAAAAAUGAAUCUCAUCUGGGGCUUUACAGCACAGUGGAUUCAGCCACAAUGCAUAAUUUCACCAUAGAUGAGAUGGAAUCAAGACUAUGUCUAAAUUAUGAAGAAAUAAAAAUGGAAAAGACUGACCCAAGCUAUACUGUUGUGGCACUGCAUGUUGACAGAAUGAAGUGUGAGUCAAAUGGUCGUGACUCUAACUAUACUCUAGAUUCCAUGGAACAGGAUCUUAAUAAUGAUACCAUGGAGUCAGCAUUAUAUUCAAAUUUUGAACACAUCAAAACUGAGAUUAUCGAUCCAGACAACUUUCAGCAGCAGCAAAACACUGAACCAUGGCAUGUUAUUGGUGAGAAAAUAGUAAUUAACAAAAUAAAAUGUAUUUCAAGUAGCGGAAAGGAACUCUAUUCCCAAGCAGUGGAUAUUCCUACAGUGCAAAAAAAUAUUGUUGACUAUAUAGAAUCAGGAGUCCAUCAGGAAUCAGAAGAAGUUAAAAUUAGGAUUGUUGAUUCAGAGAAUGUUCUGGUGGGACGGCAAAUUGCUAUGCAGUGCUUUGAAGGUGAAGCAGCAGACGUGAGCUCUGAAUCAAGUCAUGAGACGGGGGGUUUUGGACGGCUUGCUGCUAAUAGUGAGACAGAGGGGUGUGUGGAGAAUCAGGAAGAGAGAUCUGAAAGAGGUAUAUCAACUGAAGAUGCAAAAGAACCAUUGUCUGACUCCCAUCAGGGUGAGAACGACAAUCAUGAAGACGGCGAUUACUUGGUUUCCAUGCUGUCUGGAAUGAUUUUACCUGAGACACAUACCAUGAAACACCACCAUACCCUUAAUUCCCAAAGAUCAGAUUCAAGUGCAGGCUCUGAAAAUGGACCAUCCUUUUCAAGCCUUAAAGAGCAAAAUGCAAUUUGUUUGGAUGAAAAACCUCACAGUUGUAAUGAGUGUGGAAAGAGUUUUGCAAAAACCACCUAUUUGGCAAAACACAAAAAAACCCAUUCAUCUGAAAAAACACACAUCUGUGAUCAGUGUGGGAAAAGCUUCACUAAGCCAUCGUACUUGAAAAAGCACCAUAGGGUUCACUUGGGGGAGAAACCUCAUAGCUGUUCAGAGUGUGGCAAACAGUUUGCAGUGGCAGAUUCUUUAAAAGUUCACACAAUGCGAGUUCAUUCUGGUCAGAAACCGUACCAUUGCCCUGAAUGUGAUGUGAGGUUUUUCAGUCGAUCAUCAUUCAAGACCCACAUUUCAAUCCACUCUGGUGAAAAGCUGCACACUUGUAGGGAAUGUGGUAAGAGUUUUGCGAAUCCCACUUACUUAUCAAAACACAAAGAAACACAUUUAACUGAAAAAGUAUUCAUCUGUGAUCAGUGUGGGAAGGGGUUCACAAGUCGGUCAUACUUGAAAAAGCACCAGAGGAUUCACUCAGGUGAAAAACCCUAUAUGUGUUCUGAAUGUGGACAAAGGUUUACAGUAGCAGAUUCUUUAAAAGUGCACAUGAGAUUUCAUACUGGUGAAAAACCAUACCACUGCACUGAGUGUGGGAUGAGGUUUUACACCCGAGCAACCUACAAGAACCAUGUUUUAAUUCAUUCUGGAGAGAGACCAAAUGUCUGUGCUCAGUGUGGUAGAGGUUUUAAAAAUGCAGCAGCCUUAAGAAGACAUUGUCACUCAGAAAGGCCAUACAUUUGUACUGAAUGUGGAAAGAGUUUUACUAGAUCAUUUCGCUUAACUGUACACAAGAGAGUUCAUACAGGUGAAAAACCUUACAGCUGCUCUGAAUGUGGGAAAAGUUUUAGCCAGGCUAUGAACUUAAAAGUACAUAAGAGAGUUCAUUCUGGUGAAAAACCGUACACUUGUACUCUGUGUGGAAAAUGUUUUACGCAGUUAAGUGGCUUAACAGUACACAUGAGAAUUCAUUCAGGAGAAAGACCGAACAUAUGUAUUCAUUGUGGGAAACGUUUUAAGGCUAUGUCCUACUUAAAAAGGCACCUUAAAGUUCACUCAGGAGAUAAACCACACGUUUGUGCUUACUGUGGAAAGAGGUUUGCAGACACUAGUAACUUAAAGAAACAUCAAGCAACUCACUGUCACAGUGAACAUAUGCAGUCUGACUACAGAUAAUUUCUUAAAAGUACACUAAAAAGAUAAUGAAAUGUAAUUAAUUUUCAAACUAAAUUCUGCAAAACUAUUGUCAAUAAAACUAUGAAGGUGUACAUUUUGAGUUAUACUUUAAAAUUAGAUUAAUUUUAAAACAUAUGACUGCUUUAUUUGUGUACACUAAAUGGUAUUUUGUGCAAUGUAGUCAUGUUCACAAAGACCUGAGGAGUAGUGCUAACAUGCUGGUGCGUCACGCAGCAUUACGACAUUACUGAAGGAUAUUCAUCUAAUAUGCUAAUGUUUCAUGUGGUAGUUAUAUGCACUUAAAUGAGCAUUUUAACUUUUAUGAAUGAUAUACUUUUAUAUUGUUACACUGUAUAUGUUUUUCUAAUGGGUAGUUUGGAUCAUUGUAAUUAUGUAUUGAUAUGUAUUUUGGAGGGUUUUUCUGCAUUGUUCAUUUCCCUUAAUUUUAUUUAGGGCUCUUUGGACAGUACAGUUAUAGUGGUUUCAGAUAUGGGAGAUUUUUAAGCGAAAUAUGUAUUAUUAUUAUUAUUAUUAUUCAUUCUGUUGUACAAAUAGUUCGAAAAUUGUGUGACUUUUUAGUGACUGUCACUUUCAUGCCAAACAGGUCAUGUUGUGAUGCAUUACUUGUGAAUCUGCAGUCAUAUGAAAUAUGGAGUUGCACAGCUAAGUAAAUAAUUACUUGUGAUUAAAAAAUAUUUUUUUAUAUA